CAUGCACUUUUUCUAAUUUAUUAUUUAUUUAUUUAUUUUUAAUAUAAAUUUUUGAGAUUUAAUCGAAGAUUCGUUUGUGGAGAGAAGAGAAGUAAGUUCAAAAAGAGCUUUCUCUCUCUAUAAUCUCUAGAGAGAGAGAGAGAGAGAGAGAGAGAUUGGAAACAAUGGCGGUGAGACUAUCGACGUUGUUUCUGAACCAGGGAUUGAGUGGACUCAGCUGCAACCAUUCUAAUGGCCGUCUUUCUUUCUCUUCUUCGUAUCGUUUGUUUCCUGCUUCUUGUAAAAUGCGACAACGUAAUCUCAGUUCCCCAAAUAAGAGACAACAGUCAAAAAAAGCCUCUCAUGAGCCUUUAAUAAGUGGGGAUUCUGACCUGGAUGCUGACAUUGCUUCAACGGCUAGUUCUCCAGUUUUGAAUCAGGAAAGCAUUUCUAAUGAUAGUGUACCCGAUAGUAUAGCCAGGAAGAAUGGUGAUGCAAAAGAGUUGAACAGUGUAAAUGUCACUAAUGAAACAAAAUCUCCGGAAAGCAUUUCUAAUGAUGAUGUACCCAAUAAUUUAACCGUGAAGCAUGAUGAUGCAAAAGAUUUGAGUGAUGUAAUUGUCACUAAUGAGACAAAAUCUUUGGAAAGCACUAUGAAUGAUGAUGCAGCCAAUAGCACAGUAGUGAAGCACGAUGAUUCAAAGGAUUUGAGUGAAGAAAUUGCUUCUGAUGAAUUAAAAUCUAUGGUUCUCAAUGUGGAUGCAGCAGAGACUGUUUCGGAUGUUAAACUUGAAGAUUUGAUUGGAAUGAUAAAAAAUGCAGAGAAAAACAUCCUUCUUCUCAACCAAGCUCGGAUUCGAGCACUUGAAGAGCUUGAAAAAAUUCUUGAUGAGAAGACAGAGUUACAAGGACAGAUCAAUAACUUAGAACUGAGAUUGGCGGAAACUGAUGCACGAAUUAAAGUAGCUACCCAGGAAAAGGUACAUGUGGAACUCUUGGGGGACCAGUUACAGGAGCUUCGAGACUCACUCACUCGUAGGGAUGGUGGUGAGAAUCAGAAUGAUGGAUUAAAUGAAGUCUCUCUGCCAUAUGAAAGUAGCAUAACCAAUCUUACUGCUGAGCUUGAUUCAUUGAGGUUAGAAAAUCUCUCUCUGAAGAAUGAUCUAGAAAAACUUACGGAAGAACUUGGUAAUGUAAAGAGUACUAACGAACGGGUUAUGAUGCUGGAAACCGAACGUGCAUCUUUGGAGUCUUCUCUGAAAGAGUUAGAGUCUAAAUUGUCAGUUUCACAGGAAGAUGUAUCAAAGCUUUCUACUUUAAAAGUUGAAUACGAGGACUUAGUGGAGAAAGUAGAAAACUUGCAAGUACUGCUUGAUAAGGCAACCAAGCAAGCAGACCAGGCCAUCACAGUAUUACAGCAAAAUCAGGAGCUUCGAAAGAAGGUUGAUAAGUUAGAAGAAUCACUUAAAGAAGCCAAUGUUUAUAAGCUUUCAUCAGAAAAAAUGCAGCAAUAUAAUGAAUUGAUGCAACAAAAGAUAAUGAUGAUGGAGGAUCGGCUUCAAAAGUCUGAUGAUGAGAUACAUUCUUAUAUUCAAUUAUAUCAAGAAUCUGUACAGGAAUUUCAAGAUACACUCAAUAGUCUGAAAGAAGAAAGCAAGAAAAAGGCUCUUGAUGAACCUGUUGAUGAUAUGCCUUGGGAAUUUUGGAGCCGCUUGUUGCUAUUGAUUGAUGGUUGGUUGCUAGAAAAGAAAAUAUCAUCAAAUGAUGCAAAGCUCUUGAGGGAAAUGGUGUGGAAGAGGGAGGGCCGAAUAUGCAAUGCAUACAUGGCUUGCAAGGAAAAGAAUGAACGAGAAGCUCUGACUACAUUUCUCAGGCUGACUUCAUCACCAACAACUCCAGGAUUACAUGUCGUUCAUAUUGCAGCAGAGAUGGCACCAGUAGCUAAGGUUGGUGGUUUGGGUGAUGUUGUGGCUGGUCUUGGUAAAUCACUGCAGAAGAAGGGGCACCUUGUGGAAAUCGUUCUCCCCAAAUAUGAUUGCGUAAAAUAUGAACUGAUUCGUGACUUAAGAGAACUAGAUACUGUGGUAGAAUCAUACUUUGAUGGUCGACUAUACAAAAACAAAGUUUGGGUUGGCACUGUUGAAGGUCUUCCUGUUUAUUUCAUUGACCCUCUUCAUCCUGAUAAAUUCUUCUCAAGAGGACAAUUUUAUGGAGAACGGGAUGAUUUCAAACGUUUUUCCUUCUUCAGCCGAGCUGCACUUGAGUUGCUUUUUCAAGCGGGCAAAAAACCAGACAUAAUCCACUGCCACGAUUGGCAGACAGCUUUUGUUGCUCCUUUAUAUUGGGAUCUAUAUGCUCCAAAGGGGUUGAAUUCAGCAAGAAUAUGUUUUACCUGCCACAACUUUGAGUACCAAGGGACUGCACCUGCUUCCGAAUUGGCAUCUUGUGGUCUUGAUGUCCAUCAGCUUAAUAGGCCAGAUAGAAUGCAGGACUACUCAUCACAUGAUAGGGUGAAUCCUGUAAAGGGUGCAGUUGUGUUCUCUAACAUUGUCACAACAGUAUCACCUACCUAUGCACAGGAGGUGAGGACUGCAGAGAGAGGUCAUGGGUUACAUUCAACACUUAAUUUCCAUACCAAAAAGUUCAUCGGCAUUCUUAAUGGAAUUGAUACUGAUGCAUGGAAUCCAGCUACUGAUGAUUUUAUCAAAGUACAGUAUAGUGUUAACGAUAUUCAUGGAAAAGCAGAAAACAAAGAAGCUUUACGAAAGAUGUUGGGUCUUUCUACGGCUGAUCCCAGAAAGCCUUUGGUAGGUAUCAUUACAAGGUUGGUUCCUCAAAAAGGUGUACAUCUUAUCAGACAUGCGAUAUACAGAACACUCGAGCUGGGAGGACAAUUUGUACUUCUGGGUUCAAGCCCAGUGCCACAUAUUCAGAGGGAAUUUGAGGGCAUUGCAAAUCAGUUUCAAAAUCAUGAUCAUAUUCGGUUGAUACUAAAAUAUGAUGAGGCCCUUUCACAUUCCAUAUAUGCCGCUUCUGACAUGUUCGUUAUCCCCUCUCUCUUUGAGCCUUGUGGCCUUACACAGAUGAUUUCAAUGAGAUAUGGUUCUAUACCUAUUGUAAGAAAAACUGGUGGUCUAUAUGAUAGUGUCUUUGAUGUUGAUGAUGAUACCAUACCUCUCAGAUUUCGAAAUGGCUAUACAUUUUUGAAUCCCGAUGAGCAGGGAUUGAACAGUGCAUUAGAGCGUGCAUUAAAUCACUACAACAACAACCGCGAAAGGUGGCAACAACUCGUUCAGAAUGUCAUGAACAUGGAUUUCAGCUGGGAUUCUUCAGCAUCUCAAUACGAAGAACUCUAUUCCAAGGCUGUUGCUAGAGCAAAGUCGACAACAAACCGCGCUUAAACUUAUUCAGGAAAAGGAGACUCAUUUGCCUCUAUGAAAAAGUUAGAGCUGACAAACAAACAAACGUUUAAAUCGUCGAGUUGAUUCGGCUACUGAGCACAGAAACAGCUUCAGAUGAAAGUUUUAAGGCUUGAAGCUGUGUUAAUGAUGUUCUCAUUCUUUAUAGACAAAUUCAUUUCGUUCACAUAAUUAGUACCACAGUUUUAUAUGAAAGGCUUUCUUUUUUUUUUUUAUUUAUUUAUCCCUAUUUUUUAGAGGCUUCUGAAUGUUCUUUAGUAUAUUAUAUUUAGUUAUUUACAAUAACACAUGUAUAUGUUUUGAGUCAUACAGAAGAAGUCAGUGUAAAGAAUCUUGUAAUUGGUUAACAAAUAAAUUAGUGUAUGGUUAAACUUAUUAGCACA